GACCCCGAGAAUCCCCCCUGCGCGCGCCUCGUCCUCACGGGCGCGUGGUCGAAGCCCGCGGCCGGCUCGGACGAGUACGAGGAAGCCUACGCGGCGCUCGAGGAGCGCCACCCCUACUUCAAGGAGCUGCCCAGCGACCACGACUUCUACGUCGCCAAGAUGACCGUGACGGGCGUCUGGCUCAUCGGCGCCUACGGCGGCGCGUCCGUCGUCGAACCGGAGGAGUACUUC